AUGUGUAACCCAUGUCUGCCAAAGCACAACCAAUGGCCACAUAAUCUCAAACACAAAGUGGUGAGCGUCGAAGAUAUUAGAGAGGGCAAGGUGGUCCUAAAGAAGAAGGUCUACUGUCAAGAAGAAGUACACAAAUCAGAUGACGAAAAAUAUGUCUGUGCCGAUGUAUGCACUACUUGUAAGAAGCUCAUCUGUACGAGAUGUAUGAUCUACCACGAUAAGAAAGGCCACAAUGUUCAAGAUGCGGGGGAUUACAAUACUUCCUUCAAGAAGGGCAUUGAAUCCCUACAAGCCCGGGGUGAGACAAAAGCUACAACCGUCAAGAAUCACAUGACAUGUGUCGAUAAUCAGCUGAAGCGUGUCACUGAUCACAUCGAUGGAGAAAAAGCUAAAAUCAACAAGACAUGCAAAGAGGCUAUCAACAAAAUAAAAGAGAGAAAUGUGAUCUUGAACAAGCAACUAGAUACUGAGAAAGAGAUAUUAUGUCAAAGUUUGAAGAAGAUGAGAGUUGCGGAUGAGAGGCUAGUUACGAGUAUUGAGAGUGCGAGUGAACUGGCGAGUAAUAGUUUGAAAGCCCCACUAGAAGGGGACGUUGUUGCUAUUCGUGAUUCAUUGUCUGGUGACCUGAAGAAUGUGCUGGAUAGAGAUGAUCCCAAGAAGAAGAUUGUUAGUGAUGUAGCUGACCUUGCAGAGGAACUGACUUUUACACCAAGCAGCCAUCCUGAUCAAUUAUCCAUAGGUGAACUCCGGUUCGUAAAAUGCGAGUCGAAAUGCGAUGUCGCACUCUCAAAGCAAGACAGUAUGAAUGCGAUAGCUGCUACGAAAAAUGGUAGGAUGGCUGUUGGAUCUAGAUUUGGCGGAAUCGAAAUCUUCUCUGCGGCCGGGAAAUUGCAGGAGACGGUGCUCAAGGAUAACAAUAUUCGUUGCUUAGGAUUCCUCUCUGAUAAUCGGUGUGUUGUACUUGAUACAGAUAAUAACAUGUCAUUGUACACAUCAGAGUAUGAGAAGCUGGAUGUGACAUUCAACACUUUAGAUACAAGUAAAGGUGGGUUUACCGAUCUCACAGUAGACAGGGAUGAUCUGAUCUAUGUCAGCUACAGGAAAACAAAUGAGAUCCAGGUAUUCUCACCUGCAGGUGGAAAGGCGAUCAGGGAGAUACCAUGCAAUGGAAAUAUAUCUCAGCCAAUCACUAGUUAUGGUGAUUCAUUGAUCGUUAAACGGUAUUCCAAUGCGAUAGCGCGUAUUGAUACAAAGGGUGAUGUAAUGCAUGAAAUAACCAGUUCGGGUGAGCAUAGCCUCUUCGCUUGUGUGAGUAAAGGUAAUUUAGUCCUGAUUGCCUCUGUUAGACACGCAGAAGGGCUGCUCAAUAUUGAUGAGUACACCAGCAAGCUGAAGCACGUCAAGACCCUCAUCUCCGAUCACAAGAUUGGGAAGCCUGAGAGACAUUGGUACUUCCUUCAGCAGUUCCGAUCAGGAGAGCUAGGCUUCUGUACGCCGGAGAGGCUGUAUAUAUUAAACCUAUCCACCACUCCACUUAACCCUUGA